GGCCGGGCCGGGCGGGGCGCUGGACACUAGCCCUUCCCGCGGCGCGGCUGUGGCCGGCGGGGCGGCGAUGCAGCGGAGCGGCGCGGGCGCGGCGGCCGCGGCCCCCUGGGAGGCGUGUUUCCAGGCGGCCGUGCAGAUGGCGCUGCAGGCCGGACAGAUCAUCAGGAAAGCCCUUUCGGAGGAAAAACGGGUCUCUACCAAAACCUCAGCUGCAGACCUAGUGACAGAAACAGAUCACCUUGUGGAAGAUUUAAUUAUUUCUGAGCUGCAGAAUAAAUUUCCUUCACACAGGUUCAUUGCGGAAGAGGCUGCGGCCACGGGGGCCAAGUGCGUGCUCACCCCCGACCCCACCUGGAUUGUGGACCCCAUUGACGGCACCUGCAACUUUGUGCACAGAUUCCCAACUGUGGCUGUGAGCAUUGGGUUUGCCGUGAACCAAGAGCUGGAAUUCGGUGUGAUUUACCACUGCACUGAGGAGCGGCUGUACACGGGCCGGCGGGGCCAGGGCGCCUUCUGCAAUGGCCAGCGGCUGCAGGUCUCCAGGGAGACAGAUCUCUCAAAGGCCUUGGUGCUUACAGAAAUCGGUCCCAAGCGUGACCCGACGACUCUGAAGCUGUUCCUGAGCAACAUGGAGCGGUUACUCCACGCCAAAGCUCACGGGGUCCGAGUGAUUGGCAGCUCCACCCUGGCGCUCUGCCUCCUGGCCUCUGGGGCAGCGGAUGCCUAUUACCAGUUCGGGUUGCACUGCUGGGACCUGGCCGCCGCCACGGUCAUCAUCAGAGAAGCUGGCGGCGUGGUGAUGGACACCUCAGGCGGACCCCUCGACCUCAUGUCCUGCAGAGUGGUGGCAGCUGGCACCCAGGAAUUGGCGUCACUCAUAGCUCAGGCCCUACAGACGAUUAACUAUGGGCGGGAUGAUGACCAGUGACAGGGAACGGGACAGAACAAACGCCAGAGCACCUGGGCGCGGCAGGAGGCGCCUGAGCAGCCCGAGCUCCACCCACGGCCCACCCAGUGCCCACGGCUCCCCCCCACCCCACUGCAGAGCCAAGCACUCCUGUCUGUGGCUCUGCGGAGUGCCAACUCUUCCUCUCGGGUCUGCUCUCAGUGAUCUCACACAACCUUCAGCAGGUUGUUUGAAAUUGUUCUGUGAGGGCCCGAACCCAAAUCUCAGAUGACAUUUGGACUGUGCUGUCUCAUCUACACACACACACA